CUGAAAGACAGACCAGAAGCGAAGAGACAGACGUUGCCUGUUUAUAUGCUGUGCGGCCAUGUUCGUGAAAUCUUCCCAGGUUCGGUGUUAGUAUAUAUUCCCGUGGUAAGACGGUGUAAAAAGCAAGACUGGACGACAUAUCGACAUUUUUACAUCAAUAUUCGCCCGAGAACAAUGAUAAUACUACGCAGGACAUCUUUUGUUUUGCUGCUUUGGACAUCAAACCUGGUUUUGGGACAAAUUCGCUACUCGAUUCCCGAAGAGAAGGAGCACGGGGCUUUUGUUGGCAAUAUCGCUGAGGAUUUAAAAUUAAAUCUUUGGGAAUUAUUGUCUCGUAAAUUUCGGCUCGUCUCUGAUGAAAGAAGGCAGUACAUGAAGGUAAAUAUGGAAGAUGGGGUGUUGUUUGUGAAUGAACGGAUCGAUAGAGAGCAGAUUUGUAAGCAGAGCUCUAUCUGUUCCCUUUCUUUUCAAUUAGUGCUUGAUAAUCCUCUGGAAAUACAUCCGGUUGCAGUGGAAAUACUAGAUAUAAAUGAUAAUUCUCCCAGAUUUCCGAACCCUGAAUUUCUUCUGCAGAUCAGUGAGUCAAUUUCAGUAGGAGCGCGCUUCCCUGUCGAGAGCGCGUAUGACCCGGACGUCAGCACGAAUACAAUUAACACUUACCAGGUCAGUCCGAAUGACCAGUUUGGCCUCAGAGUUCAGACACGGACUGACGGGACAAAAAGUGCCGAGUUGAUAUUGGAGAAGCCCUUGGACCGUGAACAACAGUCGUCCUUUCACCUUCUACUGUCCGCUGUUGACGGUGGGAUACCGCUGAGAUCUGGAACAAGCAGGAUAUCGAUCACUGUCCUUGACGUCAAUGAUAAUGCACCUGUAUUCGAUCAUGAAACAUACAAAUGCAGUGCAGCGGAAAACUCCCCCAAAGGGACCUUUGUGAUAACCGUACAUGCUACUGACAUUGAUGAAGGUAAGAAUGGUGAACUGAAGUAUUACUUCACCAGCCACGUUUCCCAAAAUAUUCGAGAUUUGUUCAACUUGGACCCGGAAACUGGAGAGAUUACAGUUCAAGGAGUACUAGACUUUGAGGAAUCAAAUGUUUAUGAACUUGAUGUAGAAGCUGUGGACAACGCUGAUGCAGGUAUGGCGGGACGUACAAAAGUUAUGGUUGAACUAAUAGACACAAAUGACAAUGCCCCAGUAUUGGACGUGACAUUGGUGUCCAGCACGGUGCAGGAAGAUGCCCCUCCAGGUACAGUUGUAGCACUGAUCACUGCUAUAGAUUCAGAUUCUGGAGAAUAUGGACAUGUAGAAUGUCACAUUCCAGUAGAUAUUCCGUUCAAACUUCAAAGAACAUCGAGAAAUGGCUACAAGUUGGUUACAAGUGAUAAAUUGGAUCGUGAAACUGUCCAGACGUAUAGCAUUCACAUUUCAGUCUGGGACGGAGGAUCUCCCUCUCUGUCAACAAAUAAAACACUCUUAGUGUCCAUUUCAGACAUUAAUGAUAAUGCGCCGAGAUUCACACAAUCCUCAUAUAACGUCUAUUUGAUGGAAAACAACACUCCAGGUGCUUCUAUAUUUGCGGUUACUGCUUGGGAUCCAGAUUCAGACCAGAACGGAGAGAUAAUCUAUUCUAUUCUGAACACUCGCAGUGGAAGCGUACAGAGAACGUCGUAUGUUACCAUCAGUUCUAAACUUGGGAGCAUUUAUGCCCUGCAUGCCUUUGAUUAUGAAAAGUUGAAACAUUUCCAGAUCAAAGUUCAAGCUCAGGAUAAUGGGUCUGUCAAACUGAGCAGCACUGCCUUCAUAAAUGUCAUUAUCUUGGAUCAGAAUGACAACGCUCCUGUUAUUGUUUCACCUUUAACGUGGAACUGCUCAGCAUCAGUAGAAAUUCUGCCACAAUCAGUAUAUCCUGAUUAUUUGGUCACCAAAUUAAUCGCGACUGACACCGAUUCUGGUCAGAAUUCACGGCUUUCUUAUCACUUGCUGGGGGCUAAUUAUCGCAGGCUUUUUACUGUGGGGCUUCGGUCUGGGGAAAUUAGAGCAACACGGCGUUUACGUGAGGAAGAAAUUAGCGCAGCAAAGCUGAUAGUCUUCGUGAAGGAUAAUGGAGAACCAAGUCUAUCCACUACCGUAACGAUCUCAUUUAAUAUUUUAUCAAAUCUUACAGAAAAUUCGACACAAAGAACUGAGGAAUAUGGACAGUCGAAGAAGUUUUUUUCCAAUCUGAAUGGCUACUUAAUUAUUAUGUUAGGAUCAACUUCCCUUUUGCUUUUUGUAACCAUAAUUGUUCUGGUUAUCCUGAAGUUUAACCAAGAUAGAAAUAUUGCUGUAGACAACGGUCGCACAGUUUGUUGUUGCUCAAAUCGGACUUUGAAUGAUACCUUUAAUCGUACGCCUGCACCAAACGAAGCCUUUAAUUAUACCCAGUCUGCUCAAACUAAAGGUUAUCGCUAUGCUAUAAGUUUGUCUCCGGAGUCAUCAAAAAGUGAUUUUCUCUUUUUAAAGCCCUGUAAUCCUCCAUUGCGUUUCAAUGAUUUGGAUGUGCCAGACAUAAGCACCGGAAAAUAAUUUACAAGAAGUUCCAUUAUUGGUAAUAGCAGUAACAAACUUUGUUAAAGAGCUGUGUGAUAAGGACUGCAUUCAUGGGUAAGUUUUAUUUCAGCGCAUAGCUGUUUCCGAAAGUUUAAUAUCAGAAGACCUAAUUAAUUAAAUUGUUCCCUGUUGUUCCUAAUUUUCAAUUAUGCAAAAUA